GUUGAAACGAAAGCGCGGGCAGCUUCGAACGACUCCUGUGCCUAUGUUUAAUUGGUUCGUCCGUAAAUUAUAGUCUCGUCCACUUCAGUCUUUAGUAGUAUACCUCCUGUCUUCAUAAGGACGGGUCAAUCGACAUAUAUUUACCCUUGCAAUCUUCAGUAUUGUAAAGACUCAAUCUGAGAUUGAGUUUAAAAUUCCAAAGCGAUCGAUCGAUUUGGAUUUUUAAACAGGUGCUGAUACUACGUGUUUUGAUAGAGAAUUCCAAUAAGUCGUUACUGGGUGCAAGAAACGGGAGUUCUGAGGUAGACGAUAUGAGCUCGGUUUUUGAAUCUUCUUAGAGUGUCCUGUCAGAUGAUCAAUCCUAGACUGAAGAAAAAGAUAGAACAUAAUGAUACUGAAAUCAUCGUUCGUGUUCGGUAAGCCAUGAUCAAGUCAGCCUGUAAUCUGCGGUAAAAUAAAUAAACUAGGUUAAGGCGUCUCCGUCUGCAUAAGAUAGGCGAGAGACCACUUAACAUUCUGAUUCAUCGCCGUUGAACUAGUUUCAAAAAGGAUUCGCUGUUUGAAUCCUAUAUUCCAAUUGCAGCCUAACAAAAUUUGUUUGUAAGUGAAAUUAAAUACUCACUUUUCAAAAUCUGAUUGUAUGUACCGAUUUGGGCUGUUUAGCCAUGUAUUUUACCAAUACGUUUUAAAUAUUUGCAGGUAUAUUGAAGAUUAUGGUAUAAUGAAGUUUGGUCGUGUAUCAGUUUAAAAUGCUAAAGUACAUUUCACGAUUUACGAGGUUUUAUCGUUAUCGUGUUUACAGUUUAUUGUAUACUCAAUCCAGUCCUCGAAUUUUGCCAACAUUUACCAAAACUUUAUCUUUUACUGUAUCAUUUACUUGGUGGCCAUUGGAAUUAUGGAAGAAGAAAGAUAUACACGAACAGUGUCAACAACUAUUCAAUGAUUCUUUAUUUCAUAUAGCUACGGGUGAAUUCAGUGCGGCAAAUGAUAAGUUACACGAAUUAUUGUGGUUUGUCAACCAAUCUUAUCAAAAUCAUGAGUUAACUAGUAGCGAAUACAUCAAUAAACGUGCGCGAAUAUGUUCCGAGAUGGCAAAUCUAAAUCUCCUUAUGGGAAAUUACUCAGAAGCAGAAAAAUUAAUUAAACAGACAAUGGAGGAUUGUUUAACAGCGCAAAUAUCACCAAAUGAUGUAAUGUUUAUUGAGCUGUCACUUAAAAUGUCCAUGCUUUUCGAAAAGUCUGGUAGAUUAAAUGAUGCAGAGACGGGUUUUCGAUUUUGUAUAGAAAAUCAAGAGAAAAAGUUAACAAGUUUCGAUGAAAAUAUCGACCAUAUAAAUGAAAAAGCUUUACUAGGAAUGUGUUGUAAUUAUUUUGCCAAAUUUCUCUUUGCUAAUAAAAGACAAACAGAAGCUUUAGUUUAUGCUCAACGAGCUUAUGAAAUUGCCAGUCAAAUUUAUCCUUUAGACCAUGCAAACUGUUUAAAUUCAUUAAUUGAUAUUAGCGUAAUCCAUGCUGAUUUAAAUGAAUUUACAGAGUCUCAACGUAUUCUUGAACAAGUUAUUCAAACAAGUCAAACCAAGUAUAAAUUUUUCAUUAAUAAUUACUCUAAUGAUAAUGAACUACUGAAAUCAAAUGUUUCAAAACAACGUGAAAUGCAUGAAAUUGUGUAUACUCUAAUACAUUCAAUAUUACAAUUAGCCGUUGUUAAUUUAAUGUUGAAAAAACCAGAAUCCGUGAACCAGUUAUUAUUACAAGCUGAUCAUAUCUUAAACCAAAUUGAUCAAUUAGGUUUAAAAGUCUCCAUUUACCGUAAACUUAUUAAUGAUUUCAAAAUAGAACAUCAUUUUCAAGUCUAGAAAUGUUUUCGUCCCUCUCAUCUUUGUUGUUUCUUUCUUGAAUUUUCUAUAGAGAUUUAUAUGAAUGUAUUUUAGAGUUAUAUUAUAAAUAACUAAAAUUGUCUAUAUAUUUCAGUGACGUGACAUGGUUACUUUCUUAUGUUCACGAUAAUUGCUGAAAAUCAUUCUUUUUUUCUCACCUUUCUAUCAUUAUUUCUUGUUGAUAAGUACCGCUAAAAUGCUUUUCUUAGUUUUACAAUUCAGAUUGUUUUACUAUUAUGAGUCAAAAAUCCUUAAUUCCUUUCAUGACCUUUGCUCUUUACUGGUUGGUUACUUUAUGAUUCAGUGUUACAUCAUAUGUUACAGGAUCACUAACAUAGAUUAUAUUUUCAAACAAGUUGUACAGUAAUACGACUUUUUGUAGGUAAAGUAAAAUUAUUUACAAAAUGUCAGCUUGUUAGUUAUGUGUGUUAACGUUUGUUACAUCCGAACGAAGAAUAAAUGAAUGGUAACUGCUAGGAAUUAUUUAUGUAUUCUUAUUGGAUAAUUAUAAGAAGCUAGAAUAUAUAUAUUCGUAUUUCUUUUAUUAUAAGCUUUCAUUUGACCUAUUGGCUACUGUAAUACGACUUACCACUCUUAACUUAUUCCCGAUUUAUCAGUUGCAGUAUCCCACACAACCACUUUUGAUUGAUCUUGCUUAAUUAUUAUUCCUCAUUUUAUGGUGUGAUUUAGUCUGGUCUGCUUGUAUAUAAACCGAGUAUGCCUGAAUCAUACAGUUCACUAAGCAGAGUC